AUGGCCUCCAUAUCAGAAACACCCAAAAUCGCAAAUCCUUCGGACUAUCUGGAACGUGUCUAUGCCGGCGUGCUGGGAAAGCUUAUCGGUGUGUAUCUCGGCCGACCUUUCGAAGGAUGGUCACAUCAACAGAUCAUGAAAGAGCUUGGUCCGAUACAGUACUAUGUGCACGACAAGCUCGACGUGCCGCUCGUGGUCACGGACGACGACGUCUCAGGCACCUUCAUGUUCGUCCGGGCACUGGAAGAGCACGGCGUCAACUCGAAUCUCACGUCUGAGGACAUUGGCAAAACCUGGCUCAACAAUGUCAUUGAAAGGCGCACAAUAUUUUGGUGGGGAGGCAACGGCAUCUCGACAGAACAUACGGCAUAUCUCAAUCUGAAGCGUGGCGUCCCGGCACCUAGAAGCGGUUCGAUACAACAAAACGGCAAGACCGUGGCCGAGCAGAUCGGAGCACAGAUCUUCAUUGACGGAUGGGCGAUGGUAGCUCCCGGCAGUCCUGCUCUUGCUGCAAAGUUGGCGAAAGCGGCUGGAUCGGUCAGUCACGACGGCGAGUCGGUGUACGCUGCGAUGCUGUGGGCUGCGAUGGAAGCAGAAGCUUUCUUAUCAGAUGAUCGAGAUCAUUUGCUCGAAACGGGAUUGUCAUUCAUCCCCAGUAACUCUCUUAUUGCAACGUUGAUCUCGGACAUUCGAGAUUGGGCCAAACAGGACGGCGACUGGUUGAAGACACGGCAGAGGAUUGAAGACAAAUACGGCUAUGACAAGUUUUGUGGGAUGUGCCAUGUGGUGCCGAAUCAUGGAAUCAUGAUCAUGACGUUUCUUUAUGCCAAAGAUUUUCACGAUGCUAUGUACAUCAUCAACACGUGCGGAUGGGAUACCGACUGCAAUUCCGGCAACGUCGGGUGUCUGUUUGCGUUGAUGUACGGACUAGGUGGCCUCGAAGGCGGUCCAGACUGGAGAGGUCCCAUCGCUGACCGAGCACUGAUCUCAAGUGCUGAUGCUGGCUACUCGACCAACAAUGCCGCUCGCAUUGCGUACACCAUCGCCAAUAUGGGUCGAAAAUUGGCUGGCGAGACGCCACUUCCGGAGCCGUCAGCUCAAUUCCAUUUCACCUUCCCCGGAAGCGUGCAGGGCUUCGAGAGCAGCGCCAAGAUCGGACAAUGCGAGAAAGGGCUUUGUGUUUCGGUUGGUGGAGAGGCAGAGGUCACAACGCAGACUUUCCGGCCUCUCGAUCUUGGAAAGAUGAAGACAUACGAGUUUGUCGGCUCGCCACUGGUGUAUCCUGGUCAGCAUGUUCGAGCAGUAGUCCAAGGAGAUGACUUAGAGGUGCAGCUAAAGACAGACCUCAGCAGUGGCCCUGCAGUAAGAGUCACAGGCCGUCAAGAGCUAGAAUGGGAAUUACCCAACGAACAGCCCAUUUCGCGGCUCGGACUGAGAAUCUCGGGACACGGUGCGGCAUGGAUUGAAAGUCUUGCAUGGACCGGAGUGCCUCGAAUGACGAUGAAGCACGAUAUCAUGGGCUGGGUCAACGGCGCCAGCACUUUUCACACCGGCUUCGGCACGGCGUUUUACGUCGCCCAAGACCAUGGCGAAGGUAUUGUAAGUUAUGGGAAUAGAGACUGGACAGAUUAUCAAGUGUCUGUGGCAAGCUUCAAGAUUAAUCUUGGAACUGCUGGAAUUGCCAUCCGAGUGCGAGGCCUGCGAAGGUGGUAUGCGCUGGUGAUCAAGCCACGGAAGGUAAUGUUGGUCAAAGCCCUGGACGAACAGCGGAUAGAGCUCGACGCUGCAGAGUUUAAAUGGAAGCUCGACGAGCAGUAUACGAUCGAGUUGACAGCUUCUGGUGAUAGUAUCAGAGGAAAGAUUGGGAAUGUGGUGCUUGAAGCUAAGGAUGACCAGUACAAUGGUGGAGGGCUCGGCUUGAUUCCUAUCGAUGGAUCGCUGACCGCUGCAGACAUUCGAAUCGGACCCAGCUAG